AUGCUAAGGAGCGCCCUGUUGUGCGCAGUUCUCGCACUCGUGCACGCCCAGCCCUUCCCCUGUCCUAAAACGUGCAGGUGUGUGGUUCGCGAUGCUGCGCAGUGCUCUGGUGGCAGUGUGGCUCGAAUCGCCACGCUGGGUCUACCCACGAACCUCACACACAUUCUGCUCUUCCGAAUGGACCGAAUGGGCGAAUUGCGGAACCACAGUUUCAGUGGCAUGACGGUCCUGCAGCGCCUGAUGAUCUCAGACAGCCACAUUUCCGCCAUCGAACCAGGCACCUUCAAUGACCUGAUAAAACUAAAAACCCUUAGGUUGACGCGCAACAAAAUCUCUCAUCUUCCAAAUGCGCUGCUGGAUAAGAUGGUGCUCUUGGAACAGUUGUUCUUGGACCACAAUGUGCUAAGGGACCUAGACCAAAACCUGUUUCAGAAAUUGCUUAACCUGCAAGAGCUCUGUUUGAACCAGAAUCAGCUCUCUUUUCUUCCUGCUAACCUUUUCACAAGCCUGGGGAAGCUGAAGGUGUUGGAUUUAUCGGGAAACAACCUGACCCACCUGCCCAAAGGAUUGCUUGGGGCGCAGGUUAAGCUUGAGACACUGCUGCUCUACUCAAACCAGCUCGCAUCUGUGGAUUCGGGGCUUCUGAGCAACCUGGGCUCCCUGAUUGAGCUGCGGCUGGACCGGAAUCACCUCCGUUCCGUCGCAGCCGGUGCCUUCGACAGCCUCGGAAACCUGAGCUCCUUGACUCUGUCCAGAAACCGCCUGGAGUCUCUGCCACCAGCGCUGUUCCUCUGUGCGAUCAGCGUGACUCGACUGACCCUGUUCGAGAAUCCUCUGGAGGAGCUCCCUGAGGUGCUGUUCGGAGAGAUGGCCGGUCUGCGGGAGCUGUGGCUGAACAACACCCAGCUGCGCACGCUGCCCCCCGCUGUCUUCCGCAACCUGAGCGGUCUGCAGACGCUGGGGGUGACGCGGAACCCGCGCCUGGGCGCGCUCCCGCGCCGCGCGUUCCAGGGGCUGGCGAAGCUGCGCGUGCUUGCGCUGCACUCCAACGCCCUGGCGGAGCUUCCAGAGGACGCGCUGCACGGUCUCGGUAGCCUGCGCCAGGUGUCGCUACGCCACAACCGUCUGCGGGCCCUGCCCCGCGCGCUCUUCCUCAACCUCAGCAGCCUGGAGACGGUGCAGCUGGAGCACAACCAGUUGGAGACGCUGCCUGGAGACGUGUUCGCGGCCCUGCCCCAGCUGACUCAGGUCCUGCUGGGUCACAACCCCUGGCUCUGCGACUGUGGCCUGUGGCCCUUCCUCGAGUGGCUGCGACUGCAUCAGGACCUCCUGGGCCGAGACGAGGCCCCGCAGUGCCACAGCCCAGAGCCACGCGCAGGCCUGUCGUUUUGGGACCUGCUGCAGGGUGACCCGUGGUGCCCGCACCCACGAGGCCUGCCUCUCAACCCUCCAACGGAGAACACCCUGGAAGCCCUGGUCCGGUCCCAGCUGCCUAAUAGCUCGCAAACCCGCGCGUGGGUCCAGCUGGUGGCCAGGGGUGAAGGUCCCGAUCAUAGCGUCUACUGGGGUCUUUAUAUUCUGCUUUUAGUAGCUCAGGCAGUCGUAGCCGGGAUCAUCGUGUUUACCAUGAUUAAAAUCGGCCAGCUGUUUCGAACAUUAAUCAGAGAGAGGCUCUUGUAUAAGGCAAUGGAAAAAUCAUGUAACUAAUUAAAACGUGACUAGGGCAUUGUGGAUGGAGCUCCUGGGAGAAU